CCAAGUCUGCUUGUUCAAUAAAAAACAAAAAAACACUAAUGAGGAAAAGGAACCAACGAUGGUGAACAAGGCAAAAACGCAGCGCUUUGGUUUUGGGUGAUCACCCUCACAGAAGUCUUGUAUCUCGGUCUCGGAAUCGGAGCAAAUAUGCAGUGGUAUCUGGUGGCGUCUCUGCUGACCCUUCUGACCAGCUCUCAGGGAAUUUUGACGACGCUUUCAAUGACUAAUGGCAGAUAUAGGUAUGACUACGCAACUGUUCCCUUUCUGGCCGAAGUUUUUAAGCUUCUAGUAUCGAGUUUUCUUCUUUGGAAAGAGAUCCAGAAGUCACCACCUCCAAAGAUGACUACAGAUUGGAAGAGUGUCCGUUUGUUCCCUAUUCCUUCAAUCAUAUACCUGAUCCACAACAAUGUUCAGUUUGCUACCCUAGCAUAUGUGGAUGCAUCCACAUAUCAAAUCAUGGGAAAUCUCAAGAUUGUCACAACUGGAAUAUUGUUCAGGCUAUUCCUGAGGAGAAAGCUUUCUAAUUUGCAGUGGAUGGCAAUUGUUCUAUUGGCCGUUGGAACAACUAUGAGCCAGGUCAAAGGCUGUGGAGAGGCUUCAUGUGACUCCCUUUUCUCAGCACCAAUUCAGGGAUACAUGUUUGGAAUUCUGUCUGCUUGUCUUUCAGCAUUAGCUGGCAUAUACACAGAGUUUUUGAUGAAGAAGAAUGAUGAUACUUUAUACUGGCAGAAUGUACAAUUAUACACAUUUGGGGCUAUUUUCAAUAUGGCACGGCUUCUCUUGGAUGAUUUCAGAAAUGAAUUUGAGAAAGGGCCAUGGUGGCAACGCCUUUUCAAUGGAUACAGUUUCACAACCUGGCUGGUGGUGUUAAAUCUAGGUUCAACAGGACUUUUGGUUUCUUGGUUAAUGAAAUAUGCUGACAAUAUUGUAAAGGUGUAUUCCACAUCAAUGGCAAUGCCACUGACGACGGUUCUGUCUCUAUUCCUCUUUGAUUUCAGGCCAACGUUGCAGCUUUUCUUGGGUAUUGUUGUUUGCAUGAUGUCACUACACAUGUAUUUUGCCCCUCCAAGUAUGCUAAUCGAAUUGCCAAAGAUGCUAAAUGAAGAUUCAGAAAGUCUUCUUGAAGUUUAUGUUGACCGAAGAACAGAUUCAUCAUGAUAAUUUAUCUCUAAGUGAAGUGCAACAUUCUCUGUCACAUCGGGAGAAUAUCUGAAGGCAUCCGAGAAGUAUAACCAAGCAUGACCUCAAAGAGACACAUGCAUGUAGAUCUACUGAUAGAACUAUUGGGUGCAUGUUAGGCUACAUGGAGAAUGGAAUUUUCAUUUGAUGUCCCUUUUAGGCUCUUUUGGGCUUAUGAUGCUUAAGUUCUUUUCUUUUGUUGCCUCUUUAGGAUUUUCUAAUAAACAAUUAACUAAAUCCACUUUGGUAUAUCGAGACUACACCCUUGGUGUUCUACUUGGAAGUACUACAACUUGAAUAUUUUGUCCUGACUGUCA